CAUAAAGUUCCGCAAGUGAUGUCACAAAGACAUCCGUCCAUCCGUUACAUCCGAAAAUGCCGCGACGACUAUAUGUACUGGCACUUCCUCCAUGGAUCCUCUAUGUUGAUAUACUUCGUGUAGACUAACAUGCCAUCCACUGCAAGCACAAGCCCCUCGGUAUCCCACCUCAACCUCUUAUCACUCUAUCAUGUGCUUUGGAAGCAGCAGGAUUACUCUGUUGUGAGGCGGUUGAAAUGUAAUGUUGCAGACCUAGAGGAACAAGAACAGACGCACCCAUUCAACUUCGACGCCAUUGAUCUAUCUGGAUACCCUGGUGCCAAGUUACCAAACGGAGCGACCUCAAUGAUAGUUCGCUCGGUGUAUGAGACUUUAUUUCACGAGAUCUCCGCGAACAAGCGCAAUAUCGUUGUUCAUGGGUCGGCGGGUAUCGGGAAAACAUACUUUCUACUAUACACUCUCGUCAGGCGACUUCUCGCGCGCCAGCCAGUCACCUAUCAGAUUGACCAAUCGGACUCGAGCGUCUUAUGUUUCACCGCUGACGGCUUCUUUGCCCUCCCAGAGGAGAACAGCGAAUUUCGUCCCCUGUUCGACCGUGAAGAUGUGUUACAUCUAAUCGACAGCACUCAGGAAGACACCAUUACGCACCCGAACACCGAUCACACUCGUGCUUUGAUGCGGGGAACUCACGGCAAGGCCAUUUUCACUACAUUCUGGCCAGACAGUUUGGGCCUCGAUAUCGGAUGGUUAUCUGAGUAUGAUGUCGCACUUCAAAAGUGGAUGAAUCCGUGCACUUUUGACGAGAUCUUUGCGAUGAGGCAAGUGAAUUCAUUACAUAUUAGUUGUCACUGAUCACUGUUGUUAGCACUCUAACCCCCGACCAGCAUAAAGGCAAGUCUUUACGAUGGUCAUACAUCCAUUUUGGGUCCAACGCACAUGCUUGUCUGCAAGUAUCUCACGAUGCCAGCGAUGCCGAUUAUUAUCUCAAGGAGCUCGAACGUGCUCAUGAUAAUUUGUGGAGUAUCCAACCUACACUGCGUGAACCCGAAGCCCGAUAUA